AUCUGCUUAGGGUCAGAUGCAGUGGUAAAGUUUUCCAGGCUAUCUGGCAUGGAAAAGAGACAGUGGUCAAGGUUUGUGACCUGUCAAAGGAUUGGGAGUAUAAACAAGAACUUCUCAAUGAAGUAGCAAUCUAUGAUGACUUGAAAGUCUUGCAAGGAAAUUUUAUUUUAAAGCUCAUAGAUUCAGGGUACUUCUGGGGGAAAAUGUUCUUUGGAAUUGCAACUGAGUUUGCAGGCUCUCCAUUAAACAUAAAUCUUUUGCAUUCUCAGGAAUAUGCAAAAGCAGUGGAGGCACUUUCAAAGAUUCAUGAGCAUAGAGUUCUUCAUAAUGACCUUCACUUUGAUAAUAUCCUUGUGCAUCGCAUCAAUGGCAAGGUUAAGGUCUCCAUAAUAGACUUUGGCUUUUCAAAGCAAACAGACAAUGAUGAGGAACUUAGCAAGGAAAUGGCAAUAUUGAUUAAGUUGCUUCAUUCUACAAACAAACAAUGA